AUUAAUUUAAGGAUGUCAAUGAGUGAACAGAGUAAAACAGAAAAUCGGAUAUUUGUGACUGGAUAUUCAACAAAAGAUAAAAAUGAAGAUGAUAUCAAAGGUCUUUUUUCUAAAUAUGGAGAAAUAAUUGAAUUCUCUUGGAAGGGUCGUUUUUGUUUUAUAGUAAUUAAGCGUCUAUUUUAUUAGGCUUAUUCAAAAGCUGAAGAAGCUACAGAAGCAGUGAAUGAAAUGAACUAAAAAGAUUAAGAUGGCAAUACUUUUGUUGUAGAGAUAGCCAGAGCCAAAAAAAAAGAUGGUGAAUGCUAUAAAUGUGGGAAAAUAGGCCAUUUGUAAAUAUUUGAUGAAAAUUAAUUAGUGCUCGAAAUUGUAGAUAAAAAGGAAGAUCAUCAAGCUCAAGCUCAAGGUAAAUUUAGUUAUAUCUAGACAUCAUAAAAGAAAGGUAAAAAGACGUAGAAGAAGAAGUCCAUCCAGUUCAUCAAGUUCUUCUUCAUCUUCAUCUUCUAGAGAUAGAAAGAAGAAAUAAAAAAAACCAAAAAAAGGAAAAGAAUCCUCAUCAUCAAGUGAUUGAUUUAAAAAGAAUUUGGAUAUAUA